UGUGCCUUUAAGACCGGCAGGAGGUGGAGUCUGACGCGCUGUAACCGCUACAGCUGUUGAAAGUGACCAGAACCGAGUUUGUUCAGCACCUGUGUGCAGGCGUCGGGGACGGAGCCGUGAGUGUCUUCAGAUCGCGUCUAACAAGAAGCUGGCGACGAUGAUGCGCGGCGCCACAUCGAGUUGCCUUUUCAUUUUUAUCUGCUCCAUGGCAGCUCUUUGCAAGAGCAGCACGGCCACGGAAAGCACAGUAAUAUCCGCUGUGAGUUCCUCUUCAAAUACAUCAUCUUUUACCAGCUCAACCUUGUUAUCAUCAUCGGAUUCCACUUCACCAGGAGAAUCAACCUUUAUGACAACUAACCAAUCAAGCAUGACAAUUGGCAAUACAAGCCCAGACUCCCGUUCAAGCACAGAAAGCGGUAACUCAACCUCAGCCGUCAGUUCAGGCAGUACGGUUUUAAUGCCAUCCAUGUCAGCAUCCAAUGCAAGUCUCUCAACUAUUUUAACCUCUGAAGCAUCUGCUUCAAAUUCAAGCACAGUUGAAGCAAUGGCCUCUACUUUGCAAUCAACAUUUGAGACUACAAGCUUCAGUGUCAACCAAACAACCGCGCUGGUAAAUGGGGGAAGUUCAACGAUAAACACAACUCAGCCUACAAGUGUGACAGAUAAUGUCACCCAGGGUUCAACGAUCAUACCCACAACCAUUGCUACCACACUUAAUGCAUCAAGCAACUUGACAACUGCAAGUGAAUAUACUGUGCCAACAACAAAUGGGACAACUGUAGUAGAUGCAUCUAAUACCACAAUAAGCAGCAGACCAACCACGACAGUGACAGUCAACAUAACAGUACCGGUGAACACAACAGAUGUCAGUACAGAUGUUCCCCAUUCCAGCUGGAGUACACAGUCUCAAAAAACUUCAACAACAAGUUCUACAGUUGCAUGCCAACCUUCGACUUGUCCACCAGGCAGUAAAUGUGUGAAUCUUUAUCUGUCACAUACCUGCCGCUGUACCAUUGGGCAAUCUUUGCAACAAGAUAAGUGUGUACCAGUGAAAACCUUCCCGGGAACCUUGCAUUUAAAAAUGGAUUUUCUUCCCGGCAUGAAUGAAGUUCAAUCAAAGGUAUUCUUACAGACUUCAAGAAGAAUAGAGGAGGAGAUGAAAAAAUUCUUCAAAAAUGACCCUUCCUACUACCAAUCUAUUGUUUGGAAACUUCAAAAGGGGAGUGUUUUGGCCUCUGUUGACAACAUUUUUUCACUUUCUUCCAAUGUAACUGAGGAAUCUGUCAACCAAUAUAUCAAAGAUGGCAUCAAAAAUUGUUUGAACUGCACAGUGAUAAAAGAUUCAGACAAUUAUACGUCUGAAAGUAUUUGCAAACGAAAUGUUUGUGAUGCGAACACUUCUGAGUGCAAAGCAAGUAAUGGGAUUGUUGUGUGUAACUGCCUGCCUGGUUACUACAAGUUUGCAGAAUUCGAUCGAAGUUGCAAAGCUUGUCCAAGUGGACUUAAACUUCAGAAUGGAUCAUGUGUAAAGUGUCCAUUUGGUUAUAGUGGAUUUGACUGUGAUAACUCAUAUUUAUUGGCUCUUGUUGUGGUGUCCUGUGUCCUGGGUGGUAUCCUCCUACUCUUGCUGUUGGCUUUAAUGGGAAUAUGUCUCAGGUUAAGGAGUGGCGCCUAUAGCUCCUCAUCCAGCUCACAUGAUUAUAUAAUGUGGCCCAAAUCCGAGAUGCCGAAGAUCCCUCGCGCCACCAUGCACUGGGAUGGCAAUCAACUUGAAAUGCAGGAGAACGGAAGCACCAGCAGUUUAAAUGAUAUCCAUCGGGAAGGAGGGAGAAUGCCUGAGAAGAAUGAUGACCUGAAGACUUUUAAAGGAAAACAGCAGUCUCGUUACACUUAUCUCUGUCAAGGGCAAGAGAAUCCAUAUUAUGUCAGUGAUGAAAAGAAGCCAGAAUACUUGUAAAAAUGAGAAGAUGGUGUAAAUGCACUCACACUGGAAAAAAGAGGAUGGAACCCUUUGUACUUGUGUGCAUGUUACACAGCAAGUAUGAGGGAGGGGAGGAAAAGAUGAAUUUUACAAAUUUCUAAACCCCAUGUUAUUGGAAAAUAGAAUUCAAGCUCAUUGGCUACUAAACUAUCAGAUGGGAAGUCAAAUUUCCAAUGUCAGUUUUUUUUUGUUAUUUGCCUCUCCUCCUCCAAAAGCAAAACAGUUUUAAUUAAAUACUGACUCAUUACAUUUAUUUUCAAACCCUAAACAUACAGGUCUCUGCUGUGUCAGGGAAAUAGUUCAUUCAGAGUUCAGUGUCAUACUGCACAUAACUGCAGUAGAAAAGCCUCCUUUGAAAUGAUUCGGGAAUCUUCACCUGAACUUCCCAGAUGAAAGAAUAAAUUAAAUUGCCCUUUUACUUUUAAGAUUUUAAUAAGUUAUCCUUAAAAUAUCAACCUUUUUUUAUAAUGACAAGGAAAGUUGUAACAUUUUCAUGUUUGUUUGAAUGUACUUAAGUUGUUGGGGUUGGAUGCAUUUGCCUAGCCACACCACUAACUGUUCCUCCUUUAGUAAAGUCAGGGGUAAAAAUAAUUUCAGUCUACUUUUAAUGGAUAUUCUAUCACCAGCUCUGUAGUAUUGCUCUGCUUUCCUUAGUAGGCUAUAAUAAGCAAUGUGAUGAGAUAACUUUUUGCAUAACUAUAUUUACUGUAACAAAUAAUGAGAAAAUUAAUCUUUGAACUUGUAUUGAAAGAUUGGUUGGUAGAAAAUAGUAAAUUAGAAAUUUGCCACUUAAAAUACUAGAUGGAAAUUGUUCACCUUCUAACAUGAUAAACGACAUUCAUUUAUUGCAUCACCAGCAAGCUAAAGGAGGGCACAUUUUCACCAAAAAAUAGCUUAAAUUGUUUCAAAAGUUGCACAUUUUACUAAUGGAUUAUGUAGAUAUCUUGUAAAUACUCUGGUGCAUACUUUAGCUCCAAGAUGUAUAUUUAGUUUAUUGACUACUGUAGACAAACUUCUGGUUUGAAUCUGCAGUUGGUUUAAAACCUUCAGUCUUUUGAUUAUUGAUUCAUUAAUUUAUUUUCUGCAGUGAAGACACAAAAUCUAAUUAAUUUUUACCUGGCAUAAAGGGGUGGUAUUAUACUUGUCAAAUGUGCAUUAAAAUAGAUUUUGAUUGUUUAUCAUGACUUUGUUAGCUGGUUUCUUAACAUGUUGAAAAUUUUAAUAUGAUGGCUAACACUGUAAGAAAAAUUCACCCUUUUUUAUUUGUCAGUAAAAUUUGCUUUGUCUCAUUCUCAGCGCUACAUUUCAGUUCUGUGUCUUGGAUAUCUAACCUAACUCUCCAAUACUUUUGUAACCUCUAGUUCUUUCUGUGAGCUAGCUGCACUGUGGAAACAUUUACAGACUGACCAUAGCAUUGUGGCUACCACAUGAGCUUGAGUGAGGAGACCCUGUGACCAAGUAUAGUCAUAUACCUGUGAUGUUGACACCAUGGUGCAUAGUUACUGUAGGGACAGCAUUUUUACUGCCCCAGUGAGACUGGUUGAGGCCAUAUAGAACUAGUGGAAAAGGUCUGACUGCCAGCCUUAAAUUAGUUUUAUUAAGUUAACUAGAGGAACUACCAGUGCAAGUCAAGCUACAGCAUAUUGGUAUAGUAACCACACAAAAUAAAAAUAUCUACAGAUUAAAUAGUUGGAUUUCCAGGUUUAGUUUUUCCUUCUCUGAUUAUUCUUAAAGAAUACUUUAAACAAAGAUGAGUAUUAGUAGCACUUGACUGUUAGUGAUUUAAAAUGUAGUGACAAUGCAUUAUCAAAUAGCAAAGCCCAUUAAUUUCCCCAAUUUAGCCAUAUGGGAAAUGGCUCCAAAAAUUGAACCAUGCAAAUGGUAACUAGUCCUAGCAAUCUUUUUAUUUCAAACAUUUGCAUUUCUUAUUUUUAUAUGUAGGCGAAGUUUCUUCAGAAGCUAAUUCAUAACAGUGGUCUGGUGGACAAUUUGAGGUAUCAUAGCUUAAACUUUGAAGCACAUUAAUGAAAACAUUGAUAGCUUGUGCAUGUAAAAGAAAACUUUUUAUUUCUAAUUCAAAAUGGAACUGUCUAUUAAUAGCAAAGAUGUGCCUAUUUUUUUCUCUUUUACAAAGGAUAUAUUUUUGCAAUCCUACAAAUGUCUAUCAGAAAUCCAAGGUUCAUUUGCUUAAGAAAUGGAUUAUAGCUUUCAUAGUUUCUCUGGAAUGUAUGCAUAUUUUACAUUGGUAAAAUUGUUUAUCCAUUAGCAUAGAACAGUUGAACAUGACCUGCUUUUGGUUCUCCACCUCAUUCUGCUUUUUUGCUGCCAACUUUACCCAGUAUUCUCAAUAAGAGAGAAGUAUAAUUGCUGAUGCUUCUCAAGAAGGGCCUGAUGUUGUUGGUGGAUGGGUAGGUGGGCGGUUGUGUUUUGCAAGAGAUCAUUACAAGUAUUCAUUGCAUUUGGGAUAAAUUAGUUGCUGUAGGCUUUGAAAAUAAGUGUUUUAGCCUAGUAAAUAGAUUGUGUAACGUUGUUUUCUUAAGUACUACUAUUUCAGAAUUUAUUUUUUGGAUUUGGACCAGAAUUGGACCAGGCAUUUGCAUGGCCUGAACUCUUCCUAAGAUCAGUCAUGCACCAAAGGAUGAUGUUGUGUAUUUACCACCCCUCUCCACAUGCCAACAGCAAUUGGAGCUCAAACUUCACACUGUGAUAGACAUGGAAUACUCUUAGCAUAAGUGAAAGCAUAUUGUCCAACUUUCCCUCUGCUUUUAAAAGAGAUGCUCUUCUCUUAUUGGGAGAUCUGAUUUGGCAGUUCCAGGACUGAUUCUAGUUGCUCAAACACCUUCCAGUAUAAGUACGGUGCGCUUAAUUAAGAUGAUAUUUACACCAAUAUGUAGUUCCUGAGAUGUUCAUUCCAUGGGUGGCUUUGUGGUAACACAACUGACUGCAGUCCAUUACUGAAGGCAGAGCUAUAUCUAUGACUGGUCACUGGGUGGGUCAAUGAGCUUCAGAGAAGAGGCAAACAGAGCACAUUUCCCCCCCCCCCCACCACCACCAUCUGCAGAGACACCAACACCCUUUCUGUAUCAUUUUGCUAAGCACAGGCUCUGUCUUUCUGAAUCUGCCAUCACGGAGUUGUGUGGCAUUCUGCAAGAAGACUCGGACCCUUUUAUGCCUGGACUGUUCAUCAUGGAAGUUAAAUCAUGUUGAUUCUUAACUUCCUAGCCAUAGGCUCUUUCCAAGUGACCAUAGCAGAUCUCUACUGUGUUUCGGUCUCUAGGCCGCACGUACAUGAAUUAAUCUACCUUCCUGUUGAUUUCACUGAGGAUUAGGUGGCAUCUCUUAGGAUUUGCUGGCAUUGUAGCCUCCCAAAGGAGUUGGUGGCCAUUGGUUGCACUUAAACAUAUUGCCCCCCCCCCCAAGCAGAUCCCAGCUCUUUACAUUGACAGAAGUGGUUUCCACUCCAUUAAUAAGCAGAUGUUCAUUCCUGAUACUGAAUGCCAUGUUUCUGAGAAGCAGGUAUGACCUCCUUGGAGGACCACAAGUCAAAAUUAAAUAACAAUACUGCCUGGAGGGACAGAUGGUUGGGUGUAAGGGAUACCCUUUACUUCCAUGGCCAUUCACACUGGUGUUGCUACAAUGAGAACCAUGCAAACAGCAUCAUGAUAGUGAUUGCCAUUGCCCUUCUCAGGAUGAGAUGUCUUUGCCUGCAUCAGUUUAGGGCCACAUUUCAGUGCUGGUUAAGUAAACGUGGAGACUUCAUGUGUUAAACGUAGCACAUUUUAUAAAAUUCCAGUCAGUAGUAUGUGUCGGAGGAACAGCAACUAGACCUAGAACUUGAUGGUUCUUGGCAUGGAGCAGCAGAGCUGGUGUAGGAAGGCAGCUACCAGGGAGAUGAGCUUAGUCUGGCUGCACAACUUUACUUACCCAGACAAGGGAAGAGUUGUUGAUGUGAUGUUUGUACUUAGCUUGCAAAGUCCAAGACCCCAGUGGAAGCAAAGUGAUCCUCUCCAAAUGUCAGUCAAAACCAUUGACAUAGUGCCCCAAUAAUCGGAUGGGAAGCUUAGAUAUACCCAAAAGUCCUCUUGCAACUUUCUUUGCAGUUCCAACUGCUCUGAAAGUAACACAAUGAGUACAUCAAUGCCUCCUUCCAGUCUUGUUCUGAUUACUGAAGCCUGGCCUAAAGAACUCCAUCCCAUGAGGAUCUCUGAUCUGCAGGCAUAAACAAUGUGCAAAUCAUCAGAAUGUAACUUUGUGAGGUCAUGAAAUUUAUUUUCCCUUUCUUUAUUUGGAGAUUCACACUCCUUGGGGGGAGAUUACGGUAGCAUCUCCUGUCAAUUCCAAUAAAGAUGGCGGGGCUGAAAUGCUAACUCUGUCGCUCUACAAAAUCUGCUGUAGAGCAUUUCCAUCAUUUCAUUUCCAUGCUUAUCUCCUGCCAGGCUUCUCUUCUGCUGAGCUUGGUGAGUCUCCGUGCCUUCCAGUAGUCAAGACCUUUCUCAUAGCUUGUAGCUUGUUAACCAUUACUUGCAUGUCCUCUCUUGAGUGAUUGUAAGAGCUGUCCCUCAAACCUACAGUCAUAAUGUGUUUCCCUGCAAUCUCACUGAUAUGGGGAAUGUGCCAUUAUUUGUGGGUGAUGCCUUUCUCUGACUCUCUCUGCAGAUUGUCUGCAAUGAGACUUAGUGAGAUCCUGUUGGAAAAUGCACAGGGUCCCACUUCAGUGCUUUAAAGUCAGUUCACAGCAUUUAUUUUUGCAAGGGCCAUGGUUUGGUGGUUGUACUAAACUGCAUUUUACAGCAUUAAAUAGGUGAAACCAAAUUUCUAGGUAAAGGACUGCAUAGACUUCUUUAAAAAAAAUUUUAAAUUUGGAAUAUUGUGAAGACCUGCCCAGAUUUUUAUCAUUUUUGAAAAAUUUCUGACUGAGUUGGGUACAGUGUCUUUUUUCAUUGUGGAAGGUGCAAAGGGAAAGAGACUAACUGAUGUAAUGCUCUUAACAGGAGGCUGGAAUUAGUUUUGUAAUCUGGGUUUCAAUUUUAUCACCCUGCACAAAAGAAGCAUCAGUGAUCCUUUGGAGAUGACAUAAUUUCCACAGUGAUCCCAAAAACAUACAUAAGGGAGACACUUCCAUUCUAUAUUGAGUCUAUUUUACAGAUGUCUUGUGUGUUUGCUUCCUACUCUGUUUCAGCAAAAAAAAAUGUAAUGGAAAGUGUGUAUUUUUGGGAGCUUAAGCAUUUUUCUUUGCUCAAGAAGAUUUAUUUGCUGCUCUUGCAUGUAAUAAAAAUAACCAAAGUUGCUUUCUUGAUUCAGACUGACUGUUUCGCUUGUACCUUUUUGUACAUUGCAAUUGUGAUACUUGUAAAGCAAUUUAAUGCCAAAUAGGAGUAAAAUCAAGAGAAUUUCAAAAAAGCUGUUAUAAAAGAAUCACUGGUAUUGUAAUAUUGAAAGAUGUUUUUCUAUUGAUAUUGAUUACAAAAUUUUAAAAUGUUUAAAUUGAAAUAAAGAAUUACU